AUGGGUGCUAUCGACGUCCUGUCCCGCAAGAGCGGUGUCAUCGUCGGUGACGAUGUCCUGGCCCUCUUCGAGUACGCUCGCAAGACCGGCUUCGCCAUCCCCGCCAUCAACGUGACCUCGUCCUCCACCGUCGUCUCCUCCCUCGAGGCCGCCCGUGAUGCCAAGUCGCCCAUCGUCCUACAGACCUCGCAAGGCGGUGCCGCCUUCUUCGCCGGCAAGGGCGUCGACAACAAGGACCAGUUCGCCUCUAUCCAGGGUUCCGUGGCCGCUGCCCACUACAUCCGCGCCAUCGCCCCCGCCUACGGCAUCCCCGUCGUCCUCCACACCGACCACUGCGCCAAGAAGCUGCUGCCGUGGUUGGACGGCAUGCUCGACGCCGAUGAGAAGUACUUCAAGGAGCACGGCGAGCCCCUGUUCUCCUCGCACAUGAUCGACCUGUCGGAGGAGCCCGUCGACUGGAACGUCGAGACCACUGCCAAGUACCUGAAGCGUGCCGCCCCCAUGAAGCAGUGGUUGGAGAUGGAAAUCGGUAUCACCGGUGGUGAGGAGGACGGUGUCAACAACGAGGAUGUCGACAACAACUCGCUGUACACCCAGCCCGAGGACAUCUGGAACAUCUACAAGACUCUCUCCCCCAUCUCCCCCUACUUCUCCAUCGCUGCUGGCUUCGGCAACGUCCACGGUGUCUACAAGCCUGGCAACGUCAAGCUGCACCCCGAGCUCCUGGGCAAGCACCAGGCCUACGUCAGCGAGCAGCUGACCAAGGAGGGCAAGAAGGACGUUGCCAAGAAGCCCGUCUUCUUCGUCUUCCACGGUGGCUCCGGCUCCCAGAAGCAGGAGUACCUCGACGCCAUCGGCCACGGUGUCGUCAAGGUCAACAUGGACACCGACAUGCAGUUCGCCUACUGCUCCGGUAUCCGGGACUACAUGGUUGGCAAGAAGGACUACGUCACCACCACUGUCGGCAACCCCGACGGUGAGGACAAGCCCAACAAGAAGUACUUCGACCCCCGCGUCUGGGUCCGUGAGGGCGAGAAGACCAUGACCAAGCGUGUCACUGAGGCCCUCAAGGACUUCAACACUGCCAACACUUUGUAA